AUGAAAAUUUUUAUAUAAAAAUUAAUUAAAUAAAAAAAAUAAUAUAAAAAAAAGGCAAAGUAAAUUAAUGAACAGAUUAUUUGGUGCAUAAAAACCUUAAGCUCCUUCAGUUUAACCUGUACAAUCUCCAACUGUAUAAUAACCUGCAUAAUAAUAACAAUUGGUGGAUUUAUCCGGAUAAUCAAAAAAAGUAAAAAACAAAACUUGUUGAAAAAUAUUUUAAUAAAAUAAAAAAAGAUGGAAAAUAAAGUUAAAGAAUUAGACGAAACAAUAAAAUCAUUAAAUGCAGAAAUUUUAGAAAAUUAUAAAAAAGCAAAGUCUGCUAAAGGAAGUACAGCAAAAAUGUAUUAAUAGAAAUGUACUAAUUUAAUGAAAAAAAGAAAAUUAUAUGAAUAAUAAUAGUAAAAUUAUCUUAGCUAAUAAUUUACUUUAGAUUAAGUUGCUUUUACAAGAGAAAAUAUUUAAAAUGUUGUUGAAAUGGGUUAAGCAAUGAAAUAAGCAGUCACAUAAUAAAAAUAAUUAUUUGAUUAAGUAAACAUAGAUGAAUUAGAAGAUUUAAAAGACGAUAUGGAUGAUAUGGCUUAUGAAAGCAAUUAUAUGAACGAAAUGAUGAAUAGAAAUUAUGCUUUAGAUGUUAAUGAAGAAGAUUUAGAAGAAGAAAUGAGAGAUUUAGAUAAUGAAUUGUUUUAGGAAAUGGUUAAUAACUAAAAUAACAUUAACUAACAACUAUAAUAAUAAUAAUAAUAAUAAUAAAAUAAUCCAUAAUUAAGUAAUAAAGCACAAAUGCAGAAUGAUAUAAUAUAAAAAAAUUUUAUUUGA